GUGACGCCUGAGUCAGUUCAAGUUUGGUUGGUGGAGUCUAUAAGGUGGUAGCCACAGAAGCUUCUCCAUUGCCACACUGAGUGACUGCAGAAGGUGGUGUGCACACAGGUCUACAAAAAAACUUCAGGAUAAGGUACCUGCCAAGAUGUUCCAAUUAUAAGACCCACGAAUGCUGCAGAUGCUAGAGAAAUCCCUUGAGGAAAUUCCUCCCUGAGUCCCUAAAGGUACUUGAAAUGGGAAGGGAAAGAAGAAGGUAUAGUCUACACAAUCUGACCCUCCUUCUAGUGUCAGCCUGGCAGUCUCGCACACGUUGCAGAGACAUGGCAAGGCCCGUGGGGGCAAAGAGCAACCUGGCAUUUGGUGGGUGUAGCUCAGAUGGCACACUGUCAGCCUCUGAACCUUGCAGAGCCAGCUCCUUCACCCUGAACCCAGAGAAGAAGAGCUGGAUUUCAUGAGAGCUGACGCCAUAAGAUUUUGCUUUGUGCACUGUCCACCUUACAAGCCUCAGCUCAGCAAUUUCUGGAAUGCACUCUGUUAGAUCCUGUUGAACUGCCUGCAUUAAGAGGUAAUUGCAUCAUGGGGAAGUCUUCCAUUCUCAUUUAUCUCUGGGGACACCUGUGAAGAUUGGUGUGGAGACAACUCUCCAGGAUCUCUGCAGAGACUGAAUGAGAGAACAGCUUUGCAGGAUAAGGUACCUGCCAAGAUGUUCCAAUUACAAGACCCACGAAUGCUGCGGAUGCUAGAGAAAUCCUUGAGGAAAUUCCUCCCUGAGUCCCUAAAGGUUUAUGGGACUGUCUUCCACAUGAACCAAGGAAACAUGUUCAAGCUAAAGGCCCUGGUGGACAAGUGGCCUGAUUUUAAUACAGUAGUUGUCCGCCCUCCGGAGCAGGAGAUGACAGAUUACUUUGAUCAUUAUACCAAUACCUACCAAAUCUAUUCCAAGGAUCCCAAGGACUGUCAAGAAUUCCUUGGCACAUCAGACGUCAUCAAUUGGAAACAACAUUUACAGAUCCAAAGUUCACAGUCCAGCCUGGAUGAGAAAAUACGCAAUCUUGCAGCCAUAAAACAGGUCAAAGUCAAGCAAUCCCAAUGCAUCCUCUAUAUGAUGCCCAAGACAGCCAGAAGACUGCUCCCUUCCCUGCCAGAGGCAAACAACUUUACUCUUAAAACUGGCAAACCCAAAUUCAUUAAUGAAGAGCUGUUUAAACUCUCCUCCCUGGAUGUUACCCAUGCUGCCCUGGUGGAUAAAUUCUGGCAUUUUGGUGGCAAUGAGAGAAGCCAGAGAUUCAUCAAGCGCUGUAUUCAGACCUUCCCCUCCUUCUGUCUUCUGGGGCCUGAGGGAAGCCCUGUGUGCUGGAACCUGAUGGACCAGACAGGAGAGAUACGAAUGGGGGCCACCCUGCCUGAGUACCGGGGCCAGGGUCUAAUAUCCCAUAUGUUGUUUGUCACUACUCAGGCUUUGGAUAAACUUGGCUUUCCUGUAUAUAACCAUACAGACAAAGCCAACAGUAUCAUACAGAAAGCCAGUCAUAAUCUGCACCAUGUCCGCUUGCCCUGUGACUGGAACCAGUGGCAAUGUGUGCCUCUUUGAAGCAGCCCUGAACACAAGACAGUGUUGAGUGGGUUGGUCCUACAGCAGGAGAAACAUGUGGAUGGAUGCAAAGAAAAAAGGAACGAUGAUCAGCAAUAAAGCAGUUCAUGUUUUGUGAGCUCUGUAGAAGCAGUGUGGGUGGUCAAGAGGACUGACACAGUCCCGGCUCAUGAAUUUCCCCUGGGUCCAGCAGACCUGGAAUAGACAGAACUUGCUGUAGUGAACCCUGAUCUUGUUCUGUUUCCUACACUUCUGGAUCUCAGUGAUACUCUUUAUUAAACUGCACACUGCCCUAACACUUCUCCUGGUCUCCUAUCUCCAUGUGGAUUGUUGUUGUCAAUGGGGAAAUUGGACAGGUACAUUGCAAAAAAAAAAAAAAAA